CUACGGUCCUGGUGACAGGAUCAUCUUGGCAUAGUAUUUCUGCACCUCCUCGCUCUCAAAAGUCGCUCCGCCCUUCUUCCGCAGCAACCCCAGCCGCUGACCUUCCGAAGGGCUCUCGCCCACCAGCUCAUAAGUGUUCGGCAAAUGUGUCAAUAUGUCUUCCUGCAUGGCAACCACACACACACACACACACUGUUCGUUCUGCAUCUGUCGGUGCCUUAGGUGAGUCACCUUGAAGCGCUCAAAGUCAUGGAUAAGCACCUUCGUGUCGGCGUCAAUGUACUUGAGGGCGUGCAUCAGACACGCCAGCCGAUACCGGCCGUCGACCAGCACAAAGUCGUAAUGGGUCACUUUGGCAAGGGCAGCCACCGUGUCCAUAACUUCAAUGUACGAAGCCAAGAAGUACUUGAGGGCGUUCUCGGGGCUGUCCGCGGGGUAGCCAAACUGAGCUGUCGGCGCGUACCUACACACUCAUCAACACACACACACACACACAUGGAGAGAGAGACAGAGAGAGAGAGAGAGGGAUAGAUAGAGAAAGAGGGAAAGAAACACGCCUGAUACCGGUUUGCACAUAAGUACACCAGCCUCCCAGCCGCCCUCAGCGUGUUCAUAGCAUCGGCGUAUUUCCUCUCCAUGUCGUCACACCACCUCGGCUGGUUCUCAAUCGAAUACAGCACAUUCACGCGGCUACAUGUGUGCCACACAAAUCGUGUAAGAAAGAGCAUUCAACCACCUUACGAUGUAUACGGUCCAUUCACCUUGCGAUAAAGAAGGUCGAUCCACCAGAGCCCCACUCGAGUGCCACCUGGCCGCUGUGGAGGGUCUGCAGGGUCUUCUCGAGGAAUUCCAACUCGGCUGGCGGCAUCAUCGCCUUCAUCGGCGGGUUUCUUCUUAUCUCUGCAAUCAUGGCGUCCUUCUCCGGCGGAUUGUCCUCUUGAUCUGGUGGAUCUUGGUCUGGAUCUGUGCUGCUGUUGCUCUUCCGGUUGAUUCAGGGCAGCCGCCGUGUUGGUGGCUUUCCACCAUGCGAUAAGAGGCCGAUUUGGAAGCACAGAAUGCCCACGCCGAUGCAGAGGACGAGAAAUGCGGACAGCAGGGCGGGGGAGAGACCCGAAACGGCUUCUUUCAUGUGGCCGCAGGAGAUCC